UAAUGGAGUUCAGUAGCUGCCCUUAGACUUCCAUUGUAAGUGAGUAUUGAGUAUUUUGUAGUACAGGGGAAUGUGUCAAUUCUUGUCUGUGGUAAUCACACGUAGGGGGGAAAAAAAUGCUUGCACUGGUUAAUAAUACAUUCAUUGAAAUAUUACAUACAUGUGAUAAGCCAUGAACAUUGUGGUGACAUAAAAGCAUAAAUAAAAAUAGACACAGCACAUAAAUGCUCUUACAUUUGUCUCGUGUUAAAUUGUCAGAAAAAUAUGAACUGGAGACUGUGAGCCAUUCUCAUUUGGCAGCGAUCCAAAUGCAAAAAGAAAUGUGCAAGCUUCUACAGUGCAUGCAAAAGUUUGUGCACCCUUUAGGACAAAAUGGCUGACAAAAAUUACUUCUUCUAACAAUUAAUGUGUUUUAGAUUGCCUAUUGUGUAAAUUGUGUAUGUUAAGAUAAUAUUAGUCAAAAAAAAAACUGAUAUCACUUAAAAGUUAGCACCUCCCAUUUUCUGUUCGUCCUCUGUAUAUUUGUAUGUCUAUUUUUUAAAAAAAAAAAGAUUCUGUAUUAAACAUUAUUUUGGCUCCUUAACAUUAACAUUACUAUUUUAUGCCUAUCAUGAAGAAGUUUUGUUUUGUUUUUCUGACUGUGUAUAUACUCAUCUACUUCCCCGGCCUUGCAGACGAAUCCUCUUUAAUAAAUUCAAAGUGAAAUUCAUUGUGAGGAAUCUGAGCUUAAUUCUUAGUAAGUGUUUGACGUUUCUAUAGUAACAGACCCCUCCUUCCUCCCCCCUGCUGUGACUGCGAUACAAUGGAGCUGCUAUCAUUUCUCUCCUCAAUCCGAAUGUAAACGUAGCGGCGUUUCUGUUGCAUGAGAAGACAGUGAAGGUGCAUCAUGCAGAAAAAGGACGUGGUGGAUGGUAAAUGGAAGCAGCUGGGCUGGAGGAUUGAGCAGAAAUACUCUGACAAAGUGCUCGUAGGCAACUGGGCCGAGGAGAGACUGCAGUUCUCUCAGGAAUGUAAGACAGUAAACAGCAGCUAUAGGCUGGACUUCAGGCCUCAGACGGAUCACAGGCCGGAUGUGAUCGUGAGACAGACGGCGCUGCGUAGAUCUGAGGGUCUUCCAACCAGACUCCUCUUCUCCCAUCAUAACACGCCUGCCUCACAUUACCUGGUCACUCUCUAUGACGAGUCUUAUGGUCCAUGUAGCUCCUCUGGCCUUCCCAAGCUCCGCACCUGGCACACUGACAAGAUGGGUUGGGUCCCUGAGAAAUCAGACCAUCCGCUUCAUGGUAUUAACCCUUAUAUCGUGUUCACUACUUACCACCAUGGAUAUGAGUUUAUAUCUGAGUUUAUAGCCAGUUCUAUCCAGUUUAUAACCAAUAAUUUUCAUUUCAAUCGUUAACACUACAAACAUUAGAGUAACAGGUAUAAGGCUAUUAUAAGGCUACAUGAAGCCCACAUAAGCCAUACUUGACAGCUGACAUACACUUACAUUAAUAGCGAUAAGUACAUUUUAAUGUCAAGUUAACAUAACACGAGUCUACUGACAUAAGAUCAUGUGACAUGUUAAGACACUUUCUAGAACGAUGCAUGUUAGAACGUCAUGACAGCUGAGGACCUCUACUAUAUCAUAGACAUAUGAUGGUAAUAAUGUGACAUAGUAUCAAACAUCUAAACCAUACAUUCAGGGUUGGAUUCUGUCAUUAGAGUGCCAUGACAUACAUCAUAAGCUUUAAUAACAAUAGUGCUAGUUUCCUCAUUCAUGGUGAGGAAACUAUACAUAGUUCGUUAUCAUUAUGCAUAGUAUAAUGGCUUUGGCAUAAGUAUUUAUAACAAAUUGUAUAAGAUAUAUCAAACACACUUUAGAGAAAAUAUACAUACUGUAGCUCUGACAUUAGAAUAUCAUUUGCACACUUAUAACCUUCACUAUGUUAUAAAGGAGGUAUUCAUAUGGAAGAUGUUUUACCUUUGAGCUUUAAAGUUGUCAUGUUAACCUUAUGUCACUUGAACCAAUGUCACUUCACAUUAAAAUUGACAAAAGCAGCUGAUAUGGCAGUCGAUGUUUGUUUGUAAUGCUUCUUUAUAAAAUGCUAAUGUAGGUUUAUAUCAGUGGUCAUGAUGGGCUAAUAUAGGAGUCGUGUCACUCUAUGAACACCUUUCUUAAGUAAGCUAUUACACAAUAUAUAUCAUAAUAGAUAAAGCCGUCUCACGUGAAUGGGAAUAAGAAAUUGUGCCAUUUGACACACCCUUUUCUUUUUCAGUGAUCUGAUAUGUUGUUGUAUUGGUAUUUAAUGCCCCACUUCAAAUUUUAAAGUGGGGCCAUUUGUACUUGGCAUAAAGGUUAAAUAAUCUCACGAGUGUGUCUUUGUGCAUGCACCGGAAGAGUAACUUUUCCUAAUAUGUCGUAGAUGACAUGUUAUUCAAGGACUCUAUAGUGGACUAUCUGUAAAGUUGUGAAAUUUGUUGUGUUGUCGCUUGCUUUCUGUUGCAAGUAGCAGUAGUUAAAAAUUACGAGAGAAUACGCUCCAAAUCUGUCGGCGAGCUAAUUAAUGAUUGCAGUACAGAACAGCUGAGUCCUGAGUCCUGCUCUCCUCCUCCUUCCUUCUCCCUCUUUCUCAUUCUCCUUCACACACACACACACACACACACACACACACACA